CCGAGGCUGCCGGUCUCUGCGGCGCUCCGGAGGUGGGAGGGAGUGCGGCCUAGUUGUUGGAGCUACCGAUACACUGAGGACCGGCCGACGGGCUUCGCUAAUACCAAGCCCGAGAGCAGGGACUGAUCCCAUGGGGAAGAGUGACCGCAGGCUCCGGGCAGAGGGAGCGAGAGAGAGGGCGGUUUGAGCUUGGGGAGGACUGACUGCUGGGAGAGGCAGCCUGUCGAUAGCUGUCUUGGUGCCGAGAGCGACCGGUGACAAGCGAUCCAGGGUUACAGGGCUCUGGCCAGUGGUCGAAGUGGGGCAGAAGGGGUAGUUUAAGGACUGUCUGGAGAGAGAAGAAGGAUGUCUGAGCCCUGGGAGGGGUUUUGGUGCUGAGACUGACCCACAGAGAGUGAAGCCUUCAGGCCACUGAGUGAGAGAGACAGGUUGAUUUUUUUUCCUGAGGAGGGGACGGGGAGUCUUGGCUCUGGGGAGAGAAGCAAAGGGGGAUCCUGGGAGAGGACGAGAAGACUGAGACCCAGGUAGUGAGCCUGAUUGGAGGAGUUGAAAGAAAAACGUUGAAGUGUAUUUAAGUGAGGUUGACCCCAGGAGGUGUAGAGAGAGAAGACAAAAGUGAUCGACACAUGGCAGAUGGGUUGGGAUCAGAGGGGCAGCAAUGAUCAGAGCAAGGGUUAGACUUCAGAAGCUGGGAGGAAUCACGUUUUAGUGCCUCACUGCCACCCUGCACCUCCUGCCGCCAUCGUUUCUGCAGUCUUGGAACUGGCUGAGGACGGAAUGUGUGAGAGCAACAGAGAUUCCAGGAGCCCUGACAGCUCUUCCAUGAAUUCCCCGCAACAUCGCCGGUCUAUCAACAGCUCGCCACCCCUGCAUUCUUCUGUUAUUGGAUCGGGGAUCUCGUCGUCAGUCAGCUCACCAGCCAGCAGCAUUGGCUCCCCCUUCUCAGUCAUCAGCUCUUCCAUAGGCUCACCCACGGUGGCGUCAACCCAUUCUCUGGGCUAUAGCUCAAUCAGCAGUCCUCAUGUGAACUCCACGGUGAGCAUGUCGGGGAUGCAUGCCGUCAGCAGUUCCGAUGAGGCACAGUUGUCACGGGGGGUAUACCCAGCUGGCUCCACCACCUCGUCCUUGAGACGUGUCUGUUCCAUUUGUGGAGACAGGUCUUCAGGCAAACACUACGGGGUGUACAGCUGCGAGGGCUGCAAGGGCUUCUUCAAGCGCACAGUUCGCAAGGACCUCACGUACACCUGCCGUGACAGCAAGGAGUGCACGGUGGACAAGCGCCAGCGCAACCGGUGCCAGUACUGCCGCUACCAGAAGUGUCUGGCCACGGGCAUGAAGCGUGAAGCCGUCCAGGAGGAGAGGCAGCGGAGCAGGGAGAGAGGUGAGGAGGCGGAAUCUACUAGUGGAGCCAAUGAUGAGAUGCCGGUGGAGAAGAUCCUAGAAGCGGAGAUGGCCGUGGAGCAGAAGCCAGACCUGCAGGCGGACGGAUCGGCGAGUGACAUGACUUCGAUCGAUGUGAUUUCUCGAGUACUCGCUGAGGCCGAGCCCCAACCAACAGUCAUUCGCCGUGUGAUAACAGCUACAAAACCCAACGACCCUGUGACAAACAUCUGCCAGGCUGCAGACAAGCAGCUCUUUACGCUGGUGGAAUGGGCAAAACGCAUCCCCCAUUUCUCUGACCUCCCGCUGGACGAUCAGGUCAUUCUCCUGAGAGCAGGUUGGAAUGAGCUCUUGAUCGCCUCAUUCUCCCACCGAUCAAUAACUGUGAAGGACGGGAUCCUUCUCGCCACUGGUCUCCACGUUCACCGCAACAGUGCGCACAGUGCUGGGGUUGGAGCCAUCUUCGACAGGGUGCUCACUGAGCUGGUCUCCAAGAUGAGAGAUAUGCAGAUGGACAAGUCAGAGCUCGGUUGCCUCCGCGCCAUCAUCCUCUUCAACCCCGAUGCGAAGGGGCUAUCCAAUCCGGCAGAUGUGGAGAUACUCCGGGAGAAGGUUUAUGCUUCGCUCGAGUCGUACUGCAGGCAGAAGUACCCAGACCAACUGGGCAGGUUUGCCAAGCUGCUCUUGCGUCUGCCCGCAUUGCGAUCGAUCGGGCUCAAGUGCCUGGAGCACCUCUUCUUCUUUAAGCUGAUCGGAGACACCCCCAUCGACACCUUUCUCAUGGAGAUGUUGGAGGCUCCCCACCAGUUGUCGUGAGGAGGUGCCAUGGCUGGGGGCACAAGUGAGGGGGCUUCUUGGCAGCACGGUGAACAGGGCAGAGGUGCCAGGAGACAGCCUCCAGUACCAUUGACUCUGGACAUAUCUCUGACCUCGUCAGCCAUUUGUGUACGAACAACUGCAGCUUCACAUCACUCAGCAUUGCGCUCUGUGGUUGCCCCGACAACCGGUGACCACGGCGACAGUGAGGAUGUUGCAGAGGAGGGAGGGCUGCUUCAGACACUCCACUGGAAGGGGCAGGGAUGUGGAGAAAACUCCUCAGGAUCAGCAUAGAGCUGUGGUCAACGGAGACUCCUCGGGCUGUCUCUAUUUUCAGGUGUCCUUGUUGGGUGUGCUCUGUCCUGCAGAAGUCCAGUGUCCAGGAGAUUCCCGGCACAUCACUAGAACGUUGGCCCUGUGGUUUAACACAGACUAGAAACUCUGCUUAUCUCGCUGCCUGGAACCUCACCAACUGGAUGUUCCAGCUGAGGCACACUGAUGGGUUACAGUGCAGACUUGUUCUGCCGUGUCCCUUUGAGUUAGAGCUAGCUCUACUGUGUAUAGAAUGUGUUACUGCAUCUACUCCGGGUACGUGUGACUGGACAAUGCAGAGGAAGCUUUAAUUUCUGCUGUCCCAGACCUGGCGGUUUUUAGUGGGACUGUAUAGAUCAGGGUUUCUCCACCUUUUUUUAUGACAUAGGCCCCACCGUUAACUGAGGGCUCUAUGGACCCCAGGUUUGAAAACCCUAGUGUAGAGGGAUUUUACUUUGUGUUUAAGCAGAUUUGUCCCUGCCCUUGAAAGGCGACAGGACAUUGUAGAGGGAGUUGUACCCUGUAUUGAACGUGAGUUGUACCUGCCCUGGGCAUGUGUGAGAUGACAGUGUGGAGGGUCUGUGUCUGACCCUGGGAGCCUGGAAUGGGACAGUGCAGAGGGAGCUUCACUCUGUGUCUGACCCUCGGAGUGGGUGGAGGGAACUUUACUGUGUUCUGACUCCAGGAUCAUUUGAUGAGACAGUGCAGAUGGAGCUUCGCUCUGUGUCUGACCCUGGGAAUGUGUGGUGGGACAGUGCAGAGGGAGCUUCACUGUGUGUCUGACCCUGGGAAGGUGUGGUGGGAGAGUUAAGAGGAAGUUUCACUGUGUCUGUCCUGAGAUGUACCUCCCUAACCCUAACCCACAGUAUGUGCAGCCACUGGUGCUGGACCCCAGUGUCCUAAAUGAAACUAAAUAGUGGCCAACACUAAUGUUCUGUGGGAUUUCAGUGAGAUGAAUCCAACGUAGAGACUGCCUGCUCUCAGCAGUGAGGGUAAACACUGGCCCUCACUACGUUAGGAACAAGGGGGAAUUGGCAUGCUUUUGCUUCAGAGCCUCUUCCAUCCAAUAGUUGUAUCAGCUUUAUGCCAGUUCGAUGAUGGCAAUGCCACACGUUUGAUGAAAUAAUCUCAGCAUUGUGAUGCUUUGACUUUAUUUUGCUACAGUGCCCGUACAUAAAUCUCUUUGGUUCAACCAAUCCAAUGCACAGGUCUGUGUGGUGUGUUUCUGCCCUUCAGGCUGGGAGAAGGGUGUGAGGGUUCAGAACGUGAUCUGCUGGCUUUCACAACUGUCCGGUGCCGGUCGUCUAUUGUUUUUGUGGUUGAAGGGUAGGUACCUGGGGGUAGAGAGCUCCAGGAUGGUUGGUGUCAGG